CCUCGCUGGGAAAAGGGAGGAAGAAGAGGAGGAGGAGGAUCCGCUACUCUCCGGGAGCGACGCCCUUCCCUUCCAAACCUCGGCCUCAAAGAGAAAGAGAGAGAGAGAAAGAAAAAGAGAAUCACACAGAGACCGAGAUAAAGAGAGAGACAGAGAAGAAAAAAGCAGGGCAGCAGGCUGGCUGGCAUGGGACUGGCCGAGUCUCUCUGGAGGGUCUGUCCGGGCCUGGCCGGCAAAGGCAGAGACGGGGACCUGGAGGGAAAGCCCUGAAGGACACUAGCCGGGCUUCCCAAGGCAACAGGAGCCGGGCAAACGGGGCUCUUCCUUCCUUUGCCUCUCUCGAGGCUGCUCUCUGACAGCGGGAAGGAGGGGACGGAGGAGAGGGAGGAGGAGGAGGAGGCUGUGGCGUGCUGCUCUUCCUCCUCCCUCCUCCUCCUCGGGACCCCGGCUCUUCUCCACCCGUUCCUCCCCUCCAGCGGUGGCCCAAUGCUUCUCUGCUCCGCAGCAGCUGAAGGGAGGGAACAGCUCUUCGGGGGCCUUUAGGAGGAGGAGGAGGAGAGAAAGGGUGGAUGAGGCUGGCCUGAAGGGAGGGAGGGUCGCCCAGGCUCCUCCUCGGAGCGCCAAAGGCAGCAGAUGGAUGGGACCGGGCUGGAGGGCAGCUGCUGCUGGGCGGGAGAGGCUCCGCUUUGGGCUCGCCUGGGAGACGGAGACGACGAGGACGAGGAGGAAGGGGCUUCGGGAGCCACCAUGGGCGAGCCCACGCGGGAGAGCCUGCCCUCGGCCGCCCCUCCGGAGGCCACGAUGAUGAUGAAGAAGAAGCAGCAAGGGGUCAAGCGGCACCACCACAAGCACAACCUCAAGCACCGCUACGAGCUGCAGGAGACGCUGGGCAAAGGCACCUACGGCAAAGUCAAGCGCGCCACCGAGAGGUUCUCCGGGAGAGUGGUUGCAAUAAAAUCCAUUCGUAAGGACAAAAUUAAGGAUGAACAAGAUAUGGUUCACAUCAGACGGGAGAUUGAGAUCAUGUCAUCUCUCAGCCAUCCUCAUAUCAUCACUAUUUACGAAGUAUUUGAGAAUAAAGAUAAGAUUGUGAUCAUCAUGGAGUAUGCAAGCAAAGGAGAACUGUAUGAUUAUAUCAGCGAAAGGCGGAGGCUGAAUGAGAGAGAGACAAGACACUUCUUCCGGCAAAUUGUCUCUGCUGUGCAUUACUGCCAUAAGAAUGGCGUUGUCCAUAGGGACCUAAAACUGGAAAAUAUUCUUCUUGAUGACAAUUGCAAUAUUAAGAUUGCAGACUUCGGACUUUCAAAUCUUUACCAGAAGGAUAAAUUUCUCCAAACGUUCUGUGGAAGCCCACUAUAUGCAUCUCCUGAAAUUGUCAAUGGAAGACCUUACCGAGGUCCAGAGGUUGACAGCUGGGCCCUUGGUGUAUUGCUUUAUACUCUGGUUUAUGGAACAAUGCCAUUUGAUGGCUUUGAUCACAAAAAUCUGAUCAGGCAGAUCAGCAGUGGAGAAUAUCGUGAACCAACGCAGCCCUCAGAUGCUCGCGGUUUGAUCAGAUGGAUGCUGAUGGUGAAUCCUGAACGCAGAGCAACCAUUGAAGACAUAGCCAACCACUGGUGGGUGAACUGGGGCUAUAAAAGCAGUGUUUGUGAUUGUGAUGCCCUCCAGGACUCUGAAUCCCCUCUGCUGUCUAGGUUCAUAGACUGGCAUCAUCGUUCAAGUGGCCUCCAGCCAGACACUGAUACCAAAAUGAAGUGCCUUUCCAAACCAAAGGGAUCUGAGGUCACGCUAGAGAGACAACGGUCCCUGAAAAAAUCAAAGAAGGAAAAUGACAUUUCACAGUCUAUCCAGGAAGGAGGAGUUGAAAAUGCAUGCAAAUUAAACUCCAAGAGGCCCAAAGGCAUCUUGAAAAAGAGGAGCAACAGUGAACACCGGUCUCACAGUGCAGGAUUCAUUGAAGGAGUAGUCAGUCCAGUGUUGCCCUCCACAUUUAAAUUGGAGCAGGAGUUAUGUCGGACAGGCGCGUCCAUUAAGAACAUUGUGGAAGGGGAGGUAACAGGGAAAUACAGUGUUAAGCAGUCUUCUUUAAUGCCAAAAAAAGGAAUCCUCAAGAAAACUCAGCAAAGAGAGUCUGGCUACUAUUCAUCUCCAGAACGGAGUGAAUCUUCCGAACUCUUGGACCAUGGUGAGGAAGCAACAAAUGGAGACACAUCUCCAGGCAUCAUUGAAACUUUACGGAUAGAGUCUCACAGCCAUUCCUACAGGCGCAAGGGCAUCUUAAAACACAGCAGCAAAUAUUCAACCAGCAGCACAGAUUCAGCUUUGAUCAGCCCUGAUACACCAACACUGGAAGCCAUGGAGGGGCCAGUCCUGCCUGGUGAAGGAUUAUCUCGAAGUUACAGCCGUCCUUCUAGCGUGAUUAGCGACGACAGCAUUCUGUCCAGUGACUCUUUUGACUUGGUGGACUUUCAAGAAAACAGGCUUAGAAUCAGGAGCUGUGUGUCAGCUGAAAAUUUCCUUCAGAUUCAAGAUUUCCAGGGACUCCAAAACCGUUCACGACCGCAGUACCUGAAGCGCUAUCGGAAUCGGACAGGCGACAGCAGUUUUUCCCUCCUUACAGACAUGGAUGAUGUCACUCAGGUCUACAAGAAAGCUCUGGAGAUCUGUAACAAACUUAACUAGCAGAUAGGAGAUAAGAAGGCUGGAUGGGAAGGGUUUUGAGGUACCUUUAUGAUGGAGUUGGCUCAAUUAUCAAUUUGCUGACAGUUAUAUAAUCAUUGAAGUGACACAGAACAGACAGGCUGAGCAGAAAUCCUUCAGUUAUGUUAAGGAAAAAUUCAUCUCAUGCUCAUUAUGCAACCUUAUAGCUCAUGUAAUCAAAAUACUACCUAAUGUCCAAAGAAGUUACAAUAAUGCAUGAAGCAAAACCUCUGGAAUCUGGCAGACAGAAAAAGAUCAUAUUCCAGUGGCUGUAAGUUGAGGCUAGACAAAAUGUAAACUGGAAAAAAGAGUACAUGUAUUUAUAUUAGGGAAGGUAACAAACCACUGGAAAAGCUAUAAUGCUAAAAGGUUUUUGAAAGAAUUGUUUAAAAGGGAGAAAAAACAGAAGUUAAGUUUUAAAAAUUAUUUGCAGGUGGAUUUGUUAGCAUCCAUAUGCUCAAGUUAAUUAUAUUUUCAGAUUCCCUGCCAAAUGACGCCAUGAUCCAGAGAUAUAAAUAUGCAGCAGAAGGCCUACUGUUGCACACAUGGAUGAAUACAUGCUGCCCCAGCUGAAGAUUGGCAUUAUCAGUUAUAGCUGUCGUGUGAAAAGCAUUUAGGAUUUCAGUGGGAAGUGUUUUGUAUAGAAGUUAGGCUAGAAAGACAUAGCAAUGUAGUAAACUAAUGAAAAGGUGAGAGUAAGGAAGAAGGUUUUUCCAAGUAAAGCGAAUCAAACAAGUGCUCUGGAAAUCUGCAUAGUAAGCAAACCCCAGAAUAUGGCUCUAAAUUGAAGAGAAAUGGCCAUCUCAAUGAGAUCAUGAGUUUUCACUAUGUUUCAGGGGGGAAAACUUGAAAAUAUCUUGGGAGCUUUUACUUAAACUUCAAUGCACCUGCUUUUUCUAUAUAGUCUUGUUACCAGUGCAUCUGUGUUUUCCACUGAACUGUAGACACAAUCCAAAGAAAGGGUAAUUGAUUCCCUUUGCAAAUUAUGUACCUUUACUGUUCUGUUAAAGAAUUGUGCUCUACUGCUUUCAGGAAUACAUUGAUUUUUUUUUGCAUUAGUCUGUAUUCUAUAUCUUCCUUGCAUUUCUUUUCCCUUUCUACUAGGCAGGCUGGACAACAAGACUGAAAAAUAUUUAGUAUUUUCAGAAUCAAAAUAAUACAGGAAGAAGUUAAAUAUAGCUGAACGGGUCAGAUCAAAACACCAUGCUACAAGGAGCAAUUGAUAAUUUAAAACUGUUAGGAUUUUCUGUUGGGGAAAACUCCCAGAAAUACAGCAGAGCAUCCAAAAAUACGCAAACACGAUACUUAUGGCUGAGCAUUCAGCUCACAGCAAGCAGAGUGUGAAGUGUUGUGGCUGUAAAGAAUUUAGAGCAUAGGAAGCAAAGAUCCAGAGUUCUGUCUUGAAAUUUACAAAAGGUUUAUUUACAAAAAUGAUAAUUACAUUUCAUCAUAGUAAAUAACUGGGUCUGAGCUACUCUAAUUCCAUCUUUCUAGGGUUCAAAAGAGAGGGAAAAAUCUCCAAGCACACAUCUCUCCUGGCAUACAAGCAGAGAGAGGUUUCAAUACAUACAGCACAUACUAAGACAGGCAUGGGCAAACCUGGGCCCUCCGGCUGUUUUGAACUUCAUCUCCCACAAUUCCUAACAGCCUCAGGCCCCUUCUUUUUCCCCCUCAGCUGUUUAAGAAAAAGAAGGAGCCCGAGGCUGUUAGGAAUUGUGGGAGUUGAAGUCCAAAACACCUGGAUGGCCCACAUUUGCCCAUGCCUGCACUAAGAUGUAAAAGUAGAAAGUCAGAAGCAAAAGGCAUGCACCUGCAAGUAUCCAUUCUACAUAACCAAUCAGAAUGAGACCAGAAACAGAGAGGAGAGAAGAAAAAGAUAUAUUUCAGCUGUCAUUCAGGAGUGGGGGGGGGGGGGGAGAGUGAAGGGAUUUCCUGUAGCCUAUUCUAAGCUAACUAACUAUUCCUCAUUGAGGAUUGCAGUCUUGGGCAGUGUGGGAUUAAAUUCCAACAAAAACAAGGUAAGGACAAGAUGACAAUAUGCAGGGAAAUAGAAAACCUAAGCAGUACCAGUCAGAGCGAAUAUCUCCUUGCCGGUAACUUCUUCUAAUACAUUAUGUAUGCAGUCCACAGAAAAGCUAGAAUCAAUUAAGAUAAUUGAGACAAUGCACUGAAGACCUUCCAGGAUGUCUCUAAAAAGCUACCAAGACAGUUGCCCUGGAAGAAGAAAUGUUGAGGCAGAUGCAUUUAUUCAUCUUUUCAAAUUGUAUGAACCAUGAAGCUUAAGAAUAUGUAUGCUAUACCUUGACUUAUGCAAUUGAUAUCAUAGAAUUGUGGAACAUUCAACUGUAGAAUUUGAGUUUUACAAUUACAGAUAACAGGAGCCUGAGCACAGAUUUCCAGAGCCCUUGUCACUAAUUGUGAGGGAAGGGAAGGAACAGAGUUCAUGAAGAAGGAAAAGAUAAUAGACUUGAUGAGGAACUUAGUUUCAGAAUGUAUAUGUAUUGUGGAUACUGCAUGGCCAGUGAGGUCAAAAUGAGAGAUGACAGGACACAUGUCUGAUGGAUAUUAUUUAAAUACUGCUAUUAAAAGGCUUCAACUCCCAUAAAGGUACCAUUGGGUCUACUGGAUUAUGUGAAUGUAAGCCUCCUUUUAAAUAGGCACUAUUUGUUUGACAAGUCUGGGCUAUUCAGAACCACUUGGCUUACUUUGGUUCACAGUUCCUGUAAACAGCUCUUUAGUUUCAAUAGAGUUGAAUUAAGGUCAUGUCACAUUCUUUGCAGCUUCAAGUCAGUAGUCACAUCUAACAAUGAGUAAUAGACCAAGACUCUGUUCUUAGGUUUAACCUGUGCCAACGUCAUGAUUUUAGUUGAGAACAGAAAUUGGUCCACCUGAUGGUGGCUCCAGAAUCUCAGGAAACUAGUGCCAAAUUGAAGAUAUUCCAAAGGAAACAUGAAAAUAUCCAAGGUAGAAGAAUGUGUGGUUUUAUAUUUCUCAUAAUUAUGUCCAGGUGGCUGAUUUCACAUAAAAACACUUUCAAUGCACUACUGCAGGUAGGCUAGUUCUAGUUUCCAAUAACGAUUCUUCCAGAUCACAACCUUGAUCAAAAUGGCACUGAAUACUCACCAAAUCCAUAUCACCAUAUUUAACAGGUUUGAGGGCAAUUUCCCUACUCCCCCAUGGCAAGGAACUUUUCUUGUUUUAAAUACUACUUGAUAUCUGAGACAGUCUAAUGCCCAGUGUUAUACCUUUUAUGAACCUGUACUGUAUACUAUAAGCAGCCCAGUCCUUAAGCAUAUUUACUCAGAAAUAGGUUGUACUGAAUAUGCUGAGGCUUACUCCCAAGUAGGUGAGCAUAGGAUUACAGCCUUAGAGGGGUAGAGCUGUUUAAAGGUUUGCUGUGCCUUUUUUGGAACAUUUUUUGAGUUUGGGGAAAUUGAUCAUUUAGUGAUUUGGAUAUACUUUGCAUCAGCAUACAGGGAAUGUUUUGAAUCAGGGAUUUGCAAGCCUUGCUCCCUAAAGUUGCCGCAAUGGAGCUUGUUUUCAGCCGAACCAUGCUGAUUUAUACUGCCUGUCCAUGAAGUUCAUGUAAACAUUUAAUUGAUGUAUGUAAUGAAGGAGAGGGAAUUUGCAAGAAUCAUUCCCAGAUUGAGCUCUACCUAGGCUGAUGCCCAAGCCUGCCAUGUUGAGUACAAAUGUGAAUGAAUGAUUGAUUGCUGCCAAACUGGAAAAAGAAUGUUCUGUAGGGAUUUACUGGCAUGUUAUCAUUCCUAGAAGAAGCAGAACACUUGACUGCACAUUGUUAUUAUUAUUAUUAGUGUUAUGUAUUUUACUUAUUUAAUUUGGGAAUGUUUUUUUAAUUUCAAAGCUGACUUUUAAAAUUUGAAUUUGUCGUUUUUUUUUAUUUAUUGGUCUGAAAGCCAUUUCAAAGGUAUAAUAAUAUAUUUUGGUGUAAUUUAAUUGGUGCAGCAUUAUUUUACAGCUCUGGCCAAAUUGUUACCUUUCAAAUGUUUGCUUUUCUUUUUGUUUUGCUCAUUGGCUGGUUUGAUCUCUAUGAGGCAGGGGGAAAAGCUGGAUAAUCACCCAAAGUGUUUGUAUUUUAUUAAUCCGAUAUUGUCUUUUUGUACGAAAUAAAAACAAUAAAUAAAAAUGUGAAUGGA